AUGGCGUCUGGGAAUCCGUCUUUGCUGGCGGCGAAGCUCAAGCUUGCAAAUGGCUCCCUCAUACCCCAAAUCCAGCUGGGAUUGUACAUGAUGUCCGGCCGGGAAGCGGCCCGUGCUGUGAAGUGUGGUCUGGAAAUUGGCUACCGCGGCUUUGACAGCGCCCAAAUGUACCAUAAUGAGCGGGAGGCGGGCAAUGCCAUCAGCACGUUUCUGUCUGGCCCGGAUAACACGGCUAAUCUGACGCGGGAGGAUGUGUUUUACACGUCGAAAUUGAGUUCCAACAGCACCUACUACGACACUAUUAGGCGGUCGAUCAAAAAGUCUGUCGAGAUUAGUGGCCUAGGGUACAUAGAUCUGUUUCUGCUGCAUAGUCCGUAUGGGGGUAGGGAAGCUCGUCUGACGAGCUGGAAGGCUCUUGAGGAUGCUGUCGAUGACGGUGAAGUGAGGAUGAUUGGUGUUAGCAACUUUGGCGUUGGGCAUAUUGAGGAAUUGAUGGCUUCGAGCCCUCGUAUAAAACCGGUCGUUAACCAAAUCGAGGUUCAUCCAUUUAAUACUCAAAUCGCGAUUCGCGAAACAUGUGCCAAGCAUGGCAUUGCUGUGCAAGCUUAUGCCCCGUUGGCACGAGCUCUUAGGAUGACGCAUCCGACUAUUGUUGAAUUAGCCGGGAAAUAUAGAUGUACAGCUGCGCAAUUGCUUGUCAAAUGGGGCCUACAGCAUGGCAUGAUCACGUUGCCAAAGAGCAUCCGCAAAGAGCGAAUGAUGGAGAAUGCAGACGUGGCCAACUUUGAAAUAUCAGCGGACGACAUGGCUACUAUGGAUGGCUUGGAUGAGAAGUUGGUUACAGAUUGGGAUCCCACCGAUGCUGCGUAA